CACUGUUCACUGCCACAGUGCCACAGUGAACAGUGGCCCGCUAUCACUGGUGAAGUUUUCAGAAGUCCCGUUGAUGUCCUCAUUUAUCCCAGUUUUUCUGGAUUAAUGCUGACUUUCUGGUGGAUUUUAUUCUGAUGGUGGAAUAAGAGGGAAGCAUGGUGGUGAAUUCCGUGCACUGGUUCCGCAAAGGUCUUCGGCUGCAUGAUAAUCCGGCACUGCAGGAGGCCCUUAGCGGAGCGGACACGGUACGCUGUGUUUAUGUCCUGGACCCUUGGUUCGCCGGAGCCGCUAAUGUCGGGAUCAACAGAUGGAGGUUUCUGCUGGAGUCUCUGGAGGACCUGGACAACAGUCUGAAGAAGCUCAACUCGAGGCUGUUUGUGGUCCGAGGUCAGCCGACCGAGGUCUUCCCGAGGCUCUUUAAGGAAUGGAACGUGACCCGGCUGACGUUCGAAUACGACCCGGAGCCCUACGGGAAGGAGAGGGACGGCGCCAUCAUCAAGAUGGCCCAGGAGUUUGGAGUGGAGACGGUGGUCAGGAACUCGCACACCCUCUACCACCUGGACAGGAUAAUCGAGAUGAACAACAACAACCCGCCUUUGACCUUUAAGCGCUUUCAGGCCAUUGUGAGCCGACUGGAGUUGCCUAGGAGACCUCUGGCUCCCGUCAGCCAGCAACAGAUGAACCGAUGCCUCGGCAAAAUCUCCGAAAACCACGACCAGCUGUACAGUAUACCUUCACUGGAGGAGCUAGGUUUCAGGACGGAGGGGUUACCUCCACCUGUGUGGCGGGGAGGAGAGUCGGAGGCUUUGGACCGACUGAGCAGAUACCUGGACAAAAACGUGUGGGUGGCCAACACUCGGGUGAAGACUUGCUCUCUGUAUGCCAGCCCCACAGGCCUCAGCCCCUACCUGCGCUUCGGCUGCCUGUCCUGCAGGCUGCUAUACUACAACCUCAGAGAGAUCUACAUGAAGCUCUGCAAGCGGAGCAGUCCUCCUCUGUCGCUGUACGGCCAGCUCCUGUGGAGGGAGUUCUUCUACACCGCCGCCACCAACAACCCAAACUUUGACCGCAUGGAGGGAAACCCCAUCUGCGUGCAGAUCCCAUGGGACCAGAACCCAGAGGCGCUGGCCAAGUGGGCCGAGGGACGGACUGGCUUCCCCUGGAUCGACGCCAUCAUGACUCAGCUGAGGCAGGAGGGCUGGAUCCACCACCGGGCGCGGCACGCCGUGGCCUGCUUCCUCACCAGAGGCGACCUGUGGAUCAGCUGGGAGAGCGGGAUGAAGGUGUUUGAGGAGCUGCUGCUGGACGCCGACUGGAGCGUGAACGCCGGCAGCUGGAUGUGGCUGUCCUGCAGCGCCUUCUUCCAGCAGUUCUUUCACUGCUACUGUCCCGUGGGCUUCGGGAGGAGGACCGACCCGUCAGGAGACUACAUCAGGCGUUACGUUCCCAUCCUGAAGGACUUUCCGAACCGCUACAUCUACGAGCCGUGGAACGCCCCGGAGUCUCUGCAGAAGGCGGCGAACUGCGUGGUGGGAGUGGAUUACCCCAAACCGAUGAUAAACCACGCAGAAGGCAGCCGGCUCAACAUCGAGCGCAUGAAGCAAGUUUACCAGCAGCUGUCCCAUUACAGGGGACUCAGCCUACUGGCAUCGGUACCGACGAUCCAGGAGGAAGCAGAGCCGCCGAUGACAGACGAGUCUCAGACCAGCAGCGGACCCGAUUCUCCUCCCAGAGUUCUUGCCGACAUUGAAGCAGCCGUCUGCCUGAUGGCUCCAGAUUCCUCCACCUCGGCGCCGGUUCCGGACCAGGACAACGCGUCGCUCCACCAGCUGUUCCAGGAUCACUGCACCUCCUCGGGCUGGCCGUCCUCUCCUGCCUCCAGUCCGCCACAAAGCCCCGCACCUCGAUCCAAACCCGGUUCUCCCUCCUCCUCCUGCCCCUCACCGUCCACCAGUCCGUCCUUACUGCCCCGGAGAAGGAAAGGCGUCGCCCACAAGGGCCGGCGAAGCCAAAGACAGAGAGAACGUCCAUCCUGCCCGAUGGCGAAGGAAGAGGAUGAGGAGGAGAGGAUGCAGGAGGAGGCGGAUGAAGAGAGGAUGGAGGAGGAGACGGCAGCAGCAGCACAACAGUGACAUGAAGUGGACAGACAAGGUGCGGUUUCUGAGAACAAUCUGUGUAUUUCCUCCAUCCAGUUGGAAACUAAGGAACGCUCCUUUGGAUCUGGAGGCACAUGAUGCAACGAAUGGAAGAGGAGCAGCACAUUAAAACCCCAGUUAACCCAAAUCAAGACAGAAACUGCAGACACGUUCACACACAGACUGCUGUCUGGUCUAAAAAACUUAUUUUAGGCCCUAUAAUGUACGUAAGAUGAAUUGUGUGUUAUUUUAUACAGCUUCACCUUUUGUUUUCUAAGGAUUUCAUCAGAUCAGAGUCUCUCUGAUCAUGAACUUCAUUUAAAGAUGGAAAUCAUUUGAUCCUUCUGACAGCAUCAGGACUGUCUCCAGGUUUAUGUUUAUUCUCCCCUUGUAACAGUUUGAUCCAGUCUGGAAAACCAGCAACAAUUUAAAGGUAUUAAGUUUUUGUACAAUGUAAUUCAAAGCGUUCAGGAUGAGCACUUUCUGCAGAGGCUUCAUAUUCAGUCAUGUGGUGUGACGUUUUUAACGUCGGGUUCAGGUGUCAUCAGACCCUCUAAAAAUCUUUUAAUUAGUUAAAACAUGAAAGAAAAUCAAACUAACAUUUCUACUGCUGCCACAAAAUGGAAUAACAUAAUUUUACAUUCUGUAUUUUUAAAAGAUCAGAAUUCAACCUUUGUAAUUGUUUCUGAUGAGAAACUUUAGUUACCAGAACUUACAAAAAUUUAUGUGCUUUACAUUUUCUUAUGGGAUUUUUUUUUAUUUCUGAAACAUAAUUUUUAGAAAUUACUUUUUUGAAAAUAAUAAUAAUAAAAAACAUUUUCUGACUACAAUUUUUACUCAGAAGAAAUAUUUAUUUUUUGAAUAAUUUUCUUCUGAAAUGAUUCUUAAACACUGAAUGCGGCCCUCUGUUUUUGUCAUUUUUAGCAAGAGUUUUAAUGACGCAUUUAAUUCUUUCACUUCUUUCAGUUUUAAUUAUUAGUUUUAAAAAUUAAAGCACAUUAAUACUUCUAUUAAACUUGAUAAUUUUAAAGAACAAUGUCAUUUUUGUUGCAGGCAAUUGACUAAAAGAUAUUUUAAACCUGAUAAACUGAAAAAAAAAAUUACCCAACAAAGUUAGGAAACUAUCCAGCUUUUAGUAAUACAAAGAAAACGCCUCUUUGCUUCAUUAAAUAUUGCAUGUAUAAUUUAUUACACGUUUUUAAGUUGUAAAACAAUAUGGCUCUUCAAUACUUUCACCUUUGUGAUCUGGCCCUUAUUGUGAGACGUUUGGACACUCCUUCCUCAGAGCCCAUUUAAUGUCAAUUAUAGAAAUUAGAGUUUCUAACGGACUCAUCAGCAGAACUUCGUCCUGCAACCUGAACCCGAUGUUGCAUUUCGCUGACUUCUUGUUUCUGGAUGAAUAUGUUGUUGAAUGUUUAAAUCCACUUCACUUUAUUCUGUUCUUGGGAACUCUUUGUUUAUAUGUAAAUAUUAAAAGUGAGUAUUUUAGGAAUAGCUGAUAUUUUUGCCAGCAGUUAGAGAACUCAGCCAGAUUCUGUAGACCCUGUAGUUGUUCUGCAGGCUGGGAAACAUGAAGGUGGAUCGUUGCAUCUUUUUGUGCAACCUGACUUUAUAGAGUAAAAAUGAUUUCUUGUGCUUCACUCUAAUUUAUCUGUUUGUAUAUAAAAUAUAUAUAAAGC